AUACGAUGUAUUAAUGUUCAGCGUACAACAAAGAAUACUUGAGUUAAUUACUGUUUAUCAACAGCCGAGCGUCGUACGCGUCAACAGUUUUCAAUCGCGAACACCGCCGGCCGGUGUCAUGCCAGAAGUAAGACGCAGCAAUGGAGGGAUACCAUGCGCAGAGCGCUGUGCGCAUUACAUGCACGGUUACAUGGACGGUUCACGCUUGUUGUUUCGUAAUUUAUUAAUUAUGGAAGAAGUCCUUCAACAAUUGGGAGUUGGUAUUCGACCUGUGAACGAUCCCUUCUUUGAUGAUUCCUAUAAAAUUUGCAAAGUAUUCCAAAGAAAAGGCAUCACGAUUGAUGACGAAGAGGAAUUAUGUCACAAAGUGAUCAGAGAGUUCUCAUGUUAUGUCCCAGGAUGCAAAGCUACUUUCCAAACAUUAUUUGAUUAUGAGAUACAUUACAAUAGUUCUCAUCGAUAUACUUGUACAGAAUGUAAAGCAUCUAGACCAAGUCCACGACUGUUGGAGAUUCAUAUUCAAGAGACGCACGAUGCCUUCUUUAAGAUUUUAUCUGAGAAGCAAGCCAUGUACCAAUGUUAUGAUUCUGAAUGUAACAUAAAAUUUAAUGAUCCAAUAGAAAGAAGAGAACAUUGCAUUAAAAUACAUAAAUUUCCCAAAAAAUAUCGGUUUGACAACAUACAACAUUUUACCAAGGAAGAUGAAUCAAAAAGAAUGGAAAUCGAUGAUAUUGAUGAUAAAAGUAAAAAAAAGACUACUAAAGUAUUCUUGAAAAAUCAAAAAAACAAAAUGUUCUCAAAAAGUGCUACCAGUGUAGUUUGUGAAAAUAAUGUUUUAGAAACAAUUUCUACAACUAAUAUCAAAACUAAAAUAACAACACCAUUAACUUUUGUUCCUACACAAGUACAAAGAUCGUUUUCGAAGGUACUUACAGGUAAUCAAAAUAGAGAAAAGAAUGUUCUUGAAUCAGAAAUUAUGACAGAACUUGUAGAUUCGCUGCCUAACUGAUAUUUUAUGUAUAAAAUCUGUUUAAUGUUCUAAAAUCUGUUAAGCUUAAUUUUGAUACAUAUUACACAAUUUGAAAUACUUGUGUAAUACUUUUAUAAGAAUGUUUAAUUUUCAUCGAGAUAAAUAAAUAUUGUUUUAUUUAUUGAAUAUAUCAAAAAA